GAUCACGCAGCUCACAAAAGGCGAAGGCUCCCUCCGGUGAAAAGGUCUCUGGUGUAUUACCUGAAAAGCAGAGAGGUCAGGAUGCAGGAUGAGUCCAGCUAUCGGCGCGUGUUGCACGGAUAUGCAGCCCACCAGCUUCCCAGCCUCCUGAAGGAGAGAGAAUUCCACCUCGGAACCCUGAACAAAGUGUUUGCCUCCCAGUGGCUCAACCACCGGCAAGUGGUGUGUGGGACAAAAUGCAACACAUUAUUUGUAGUAGAUGUUCAGACUGGCCAGAUUACCAAGAUUCCCAUUCUGAAAGAUCGUGAACCCGGCAUGGUGAACCAGCAGGGAUGUGGUAUUCAUGCCAUCGAGCUCAACCCCUCGAGGACCCUUCUGGCCACAGGUGGAGACAACCCCAACAGCCUUGCAAUUUAUCGCCUGCCUACACUUGAUCCUGUCUGUGUGGGAGAUGAUGGACAUAAGGACUGGAUAUUUUCAAUUGCGUGGAUCAGUGAUACUAUGGCUGUUUCUGGUUCCCGCGAUGGUUCGAUGGGUCUCUGGGAAGUCACUGAGGAUGUGCUGUCCAAAAGCGAUGCCAGGCAUAAUCUGUCCCAAGUUCCUGUCUAUGCCCACAUUACGCACAGGGCUCUGAAGGAUAUCCCCAAGGAGAACACCAAUCCUGACAACUGCAAAGUGCGAGCACUGGCUUUCAACAAUAAGAACAAGGAGCUGGGAGCGGUGUCCCUAGAUGGGUAUUUUCAUCUUUGGAAAGCAGAGCACACACUGUCAAAGUUACUUUCCACAAAGUUGCCAUACUGCAGGGAGAACGUGUGUUUGGCUUACGGUCAGGAGUGGUCGGUGUAUGCAGUAGGAUCUCAGGCACACGUCUCCUUUCUGGAUCCCAGGCAGCCUUCCCACAACGUUAAAUCCGUCUGUUCCAAGGAACGAGGCAGUGGUAAGAAAUUUGUCAAUGGGUGCUUCAAAUACUUUGCUUGCAGAAGUAGCUGUUAA